AGGAGUACUCGGGCGCGCGCAAGGGUCACGGCUAGGCUGAGUGGUGCCAGCACCCGCAGCGCAGAAGUCUGGCUGCAGUAGCAGGGUCUGUGUCGCUAGCUGCCCGCUGGGUUCUGAGGAGCAGAUUGUUGGGAUCGCUCAGGGCUCAAAGACUGGCGGAAAUCCGAAGGUAGGAGCAUGCCGGGGCUAUGGAGGCAGAGGCUUCCUUCGGCGUGGGCUUUGCUCCUCCUGCCAUUCCUGCGGCUGCUGAUGCCCGCAGCCCCCGCACCCCACCGCGGGUCCUACAAGCCGGUGAUCGUGGUGCACGGGCUCUUUGACAGUUCAUACAGCUUCCGCCACCUGCUGGACUACAUCAAUGAGACACACCCCGGGACUGUGGUGACAGUGCUUGAUCUCUUCGAUGGCAGAGAGAGCUUGCGGCCCUUGUGGGAGCAGGUGCAAGGGUUCCGAGAGGCUGUUGGCCCCAUCAUGGAAAAGGCCGCUGAAGGGGUGCAUCUCAUCUGUUACUCCCAGGGGGGCCUGGUGUGCCGGGCGUUGCUGUCUGUCAUGGAUGAGCACAACGUGGAUUCUUUCAUCUCGCUGUCCUCUCCACAGAUGGGACAAUAUGGAGACACCGACUACUUGAAGUGGCUCUUCCCGACAUCCAUGCGGUCUAACCUCUAUCGGAUCUGCUAUAGUCCUUGGGGCCAGGAGUUUUCCAUCUGCAACUACUGGCAUGAUCCUCACCACGACGACCUGUACCUCAAUGCCAGUAGCUUCCUGGCCCUCAUCAACGGGGAAAGAGACCAUCCCAAUGCCACUGCGUGGCGGAAGAACUUUCUCCGCGUGGGCCGCCUGGUGCUGAUUGGGGGUCCUGAUGAUGGAGUCAUCACUCCUUGGCAGUCUAGCUUCUUUGGUUUCUAUGACGCCAACGAGACGGUCUUAGAGAUGGAGAAGCAGCCGGUAUAUUUGCGAGACUCCUUUGGGUUGAAGACUCUCUUGGCCCGGGGGGCCAUAGUGAGGUGUCCAAUGGCUGGGAUCUCUCAUACCACCUGGCACUCCAACCGCACGCUCUAUGAUACUUGCAUUGAACCAUGGCUCUCCUGAAGAUGCCCUCAGGAAUCCCCCAGCCCAGAGACAAGUGGUGGCCUUGAGAAACAGAUGCCAGGCUCUGGCAUGUCUGUCAACCACCUCAUGGCUCCCAUACUGCCCCACCCCACCAGGGCUCCCUGAACCCUCCCCUCCGCUCCUCUGUGGAUGACAGGUCCUGGUCCCCUACCUCAUGUCCUCUUCUGGGGAUGUCUCCAUGCUCUCCCUUUCGCCCACGGCUGAGGUUGGGAAGCGAGCACCAGGUUUUUAACUGGCUUCACCGCGGCUGCUGCUCCUCCGGGUCUGGCUGUACCGGAGGAGACCCCAGCCCCUGCCCACCACAGGGCCCCUGCCCACCACAGGGCCCCUCCAGGCCACUCAGGACAUUUUUAGCUUCUGUUUAGUGUCCCCUUUUCUCAACUUCCCUGUCGCCAGCCUCCCCACCAAGAGGGACGCCCAUGAGGGGUUCUGAGGUUCCCCUGUGGGGACAGUUCACUUUUGAAGUGUCAGUGUUGGGGAAUAUCUGUGGCCUGCAAGGCCCAUCUCAGGUUUGGGGAUCCCCCAGUCCCUAUGAUCAGUGUUGGGGUAUCCCCUGGGAGCCUAGGUUCUUUGAGGCCCCAGCCCCUCUUUUAACGACCCUUGAGUGGGUGUUCCCUGUAUUUAUAAAAAUAAAGUUCCCUUUCCUCA